AUGACAAUUUUAUCAAUAAUGGUAACUGAUAUCGAUGCGACAACACUUGCUAAACUUCUUCAAAAAGUUGAUCCAUUCCGGAAGACAAUAAUUGUUGAUUGUCGUCCUUUUAUCGACUACAAUUUAUUGCAUAUUCGUGAUGCAAUCAAUGCAUUUUAUUCCAAAAUGAUGCGUCGUCGUGUCUAUGACAAUAAGGUAAGUAAGUAA